AUGUCUGAAUAUCCAUCAAACUCAGAUGAUUUAUCACUACCGAAGGCAACUGUCCAAAAAAUUAUAGCAGAAAUAUUACCAAAAGAUAUUGCAAUAUCAAAAGAAGCAAGAGAAGCAAUAACGGAAUGUAGUAUAGAAUUUAUAAUGAUGUUGUCUACUCAACUGAAUGAUAUAGCUGAAAAAGAAGCAAAGAAGACCAUAGCGUCUGAUCAUGUGGUAAAAGCUUUAGAGGAAUUAGAUUUCAAUAAUUAUCUUGAAAUCAUAAAUAAGAUACUAAGUGAACAAAAGGAAUUAUUAAAAGGUAAAGAAAAGAGGAAUAAUAAGUUUCAAAAUUCAGGAUUAAGUGAAGAAGAGUUAUUGAGACAACAAGAAGAAUUGUUUAAGAAGUCAAGAGAUCGUUUACAAAGUCAAUCUGGUUCUCCAAAUCAUGAUGUAAAACAAGAAGAUUCAGGAUAA